AUGCCAAAAAACUACCAGCAUAUCCUGGCUCUUGUAUUUGCCAUAAAAGAGAUCAAUGAGAAUUCCAUGCUUCUUCCUAAUGUCACAUUGGGUUUUAACAUCUUUGACAAUUACUACAAUGUUCAGCUCACAUAUAACACUGUCUUCCGCUUACUUUCUGCAAAAAAGAGAUUUGUCCCUAACUACAUGUGUGAUGUUGAAGACCAGUUGGUAGCUGUUAUCGGUGGACUUGAUUCUGAAACCUCUUCCUAUCUGGCCACAGUUUUAUCUAUCUACAAAAUUCCACAGAUUACUUAUGGAUCUUUUGUCUCAGGAAUGAAUGACAAAACACUGCUUGCUUCCUUGUACCAAAUGGUUCCAAAUGAAAUUCAACAGUACUCUGGGAUUGUCCAAUUGCUGAUACAUUUUAGAUGGACUUGGGUUGGACUUUUUGCAGUGGAUGAUGACAAUGGAGAAAGAUUUUUCCAAAAAUUGGUUCCAAUACUUUCUUCAAAUAGUAUCUGUUCUGCCUUUAUCAAAAGAACGCCCAAAUGGACAUAUGUUGCUGAUAUAUUAGACUUGUUUUUAGAUGACUUGGACAAAUUUCCUUCUCUCAUGGAAAGCAAAGCAAAUGUUUUUAUUGUCCAUGGUGCACCUCCUUCCAUGCUAAAUUUGAGCUGGUAUCUUCACAUGGUAGUCUUUGAUUCAAACCUAGGCAAAGUGUGGAUUGUGACAGAACAGUGGGAUUUCCGAUUAAGUGACUAUCAAAAGAACUGGGAUAUUCAAUUCUUCCAGGGUGCUAUAUCAUUCUCAGUUCAUUCAAAUGAAAUAUUGGGAUUUAAAGCAUUCCUUGAAAAUGUAAAUCCUUCAUGGGAAUCAGAAGAUGGCUUUAUUCAGGACUUUUGGGAAAAUGCUUUUAGUUGUUCAAUGAAAAACUACAGUGUAAUUUCAGAGAAAGAGCCCAAGAAAGUUUGCACAGGAGAAGAAAAGUUGGAGAGUCUUCCUGGGACUUUCUUUGAAAUGAAAAUGACUGGACACAGCUAUAAUGUCUACAAUGCUGCCUAUGCUGUUGCACAUGCAUUACAUAUUAUACAUGAGUUUAGGUCAAAAUCCAGAUCAAAGGUUGCUCAAAAAAGUUUGAAAGUUUUGAGCUUUCAGCCAUGGCAGGCCCAUCCCUCUCUAAAGAGUAUCUCAUUCAACAACAGUGCUGGAGAAACAGUACAUUUUGAUGAAAAUGGAGAAUUAAUAAUAGAUUUUGACAUCACAAAUUGGAUAAUUUUCCCAAAUAAAACUUUUGAUCGAGUCAUAGUUGGAAAGAUGGAUCCUCAUAGCAAAAGGUUGUCAAUCGAAGAUGAAAAAAUUGUGUGGCAUAGAAGAUUUAAUCAGGAGCUACCCAUUUCUCUGUGUAAUGAUCGCUGCCAUCCUGGUAACACCAUGGAAAAAAAGGAAGGGGAGCCAUUUUGCUGUUAUGUUUGUAGUCCAUGUCCAGAAGGAAAAGUUUCCUUCUACAAAGAUAUGGAUUUCUGCAAAGACUGCCCAGAAGAUCAAUAUUCAGCUCCAGACAAAACUCAAUGUAUUCCCAAAGGUCUAAACUAUCUCUCACAUGAAGGUUCUUUGGGGAAAGCUUUAGCUUUCUCUUCAGUUGUUUUUGCUAUGACAACAAUUUGGGUGCUUAGAACUUUUUGGAAACACCAAGAUACUCCUAUAGUCAAAGCAAACAACCGAAACCUCACCUAUACUCUUCUCUUCUCUCUCUUUCUUUGCUUUCUUUGCUCUCUCCUCUUCAUUGGAAAACCAACAUCUAUCACAUGUAUUCUCCGACAAACAGCCUUUGGCAUUGUCUUCUCUUUGGCCCUUUCCAGUGUUUUGGCCAAAACAAUUACUGUUGUUCUAGCCUUUGUGGCUACCAAGCCUGGGUCCAAGAUGAGGAAAUGGAUAGGGAGAAAAAUUGGAGAUACCAUUGUGUUUUCCUGUACUGCUAUCCAAGUGUGCAUUUGUUCUCUUUGGUUGUUUACUUCUCCACCAUUCCCAGAUAGGGACUUAAACUCUCUCUAUGAGGAAAUUAUUCUGGAAUGCAAUGAGGGCUCAGUUACCAUGUUUUGUCUUGUCUUGGGCUAUAUGAGUUUUCUGGCUAUGGUCAGCUUCUUUGUGGCAUUCUUUGCCAGGAAGUUACCUGACAGUUUCAAUGAAGCCAAAUUUAUUACAUUCAGCAUGUUGAUCUUUUGCAGUGUUUGGUUGUCUUUUGGUCCAAUGUACCUAAGCACCAAAGGAAAAUAUGUGGUUGCUGUUGAAGUAUUCUCUAUCUUAACUUCAAGUGCUGGGUUACUGGGUUGCAUUUUUUUCCCUAAAUGCUACAUAAUUGUAUUCAGGCCUGAACUGAAC